CUUUAUAAUUAUAAAUAUUUCAGAUUUUUUUUUAAGUAUAAAAAUGUACGUUUUGUAACAUAAUAUCUACAAUAAGCAAUUGCGCCGAGGAAAACAUUUGGGUAGCAUGAGCUAAUAUGAAGAGGGAUGAUGUCCAGAGAGAACCGUUAAUAAUUGAAAUUACUAUUAAUGUCAAUAUUAUUUAUUAACAAUAAUCAGUUGACAACUAUAAAGUUUUAUAUAACUAUAAGGCGUAAAACCAUGUUAUAAUGUUAAGGUUUUCAAUAAGAUAAUGACAAUAUAUUUUUUUUAAUAAUAGAAGUUCACAACCAAAUAUUGAAUUUUAUACUUCUUAUCCGAACAUGCAUGACUUAGAAAUCAUAAUUGAAGAUAAAACCCAUUUUAAUUACAUUUCAGAAACUCCGAUAAUGCAAAUAUUGAAAUCGUAUCUCUAAUAAUAUUUUAAUAAAAUAUGAUAUUAAAUUAUUUGGAUUAGUAAGUAUUGUUAUAAUUAAUAAUGGGCAUUGUUUUCGUACCACGACGUCAAUGCUUUAAAAAUUUUAAAUACUUUAUAAACAUCAAUGAAAUUAUAACGGUAUGAAUUAUAAAUUAACAGUUCUCGGAUGUAUAAGAAUAGAAUUAGAAAUUAAGGAUAUUAUGAUAGAGGGAGAGGCAAAUAUCCGUAAAAUGUAUGCACGUUGAUAAAUAAUAGACCUUGACUUUGAUUGUUGUAAAGCUAACGGUCUACGUGUUCGGAAUUUAUUUUCAUCAUACUGAAUAGUUAUUGUAUAUAAAUUAUUUUUUUACGUUUUUAAAUUUUAUAACCGUAGUCAUGUGCGUCAAUGUAAUGUAUACGUAUUUAGGUAUUCACACACGGACGGAGAUAGAAAGAUAGAUAGAGAAACGCAGUCACGGUAGAUUCGCGCGUUACCGGUCACCACACCACGUGUUAGUGACCAACAUAAUAUAUUAAUACGGUCAUAAUAUAUACGAAACGGACAGCCACACGUGAUCGGGGUGGCGGGUCGAACGGGGGCGGCAGGGAGGGGGGCAUAGAGGGAGAUACGCUCAUAGUUCCGAUAGUGGCCACGCUCCCGGCAUCACAUCACGAUCGAGGUACGAUCGCGUACGUAUACACACACCGGGCAUUGAAAAGCGAAUCGUCGAAGUACUCGCGCGCACGUCGUCAUUGUCGCGCGGCCGGCCGCCCGAUUAAACGUCGUCGCGUCUCGGAUAUCCAAGAACGCGAAUCCGCGACUCGCCCGGACAGACAUCGCGGGACGCGGCUACGAGGAACCAUAAAGAAACCCUUCCAUUCGGGACGAAAGAAACGAUGGACGCCACCCGACAUCACCUGGAGGUGGCCACGCCGCUGGACAGGACGAUCAGCCUGAACGUGCACAACCGACACGGGAGCACCACGGCGACGCAGCAGUCGUCGCUCAAGGACCGGUGGUACAGUUUCCGGUACCGGCCACGGGGCGGCAGCGGCCACGGUAACCGCGACCGGCGGUCCAACGUCGAGGAGUUCCUGUUCAUCGAGAGCCUGCCGGACGCGCCAGCGAUCACGGACACUGCUGCGCCCGACGGUCAUCAGGAGAUCGAGCUAUCGAUCAUUAUACGGAAGGACACCAUUAGGCGCGACCUGUUGGACUCGAUGCGGACGUGCAACGGACGACUCCAGCUCAUGGAGCAGAUGGAGCUCAACGAGUUCGACCCGGGCGGCGUGCAUCCGCCGCCCAACCAAGGCGAGCUGGACAGGCUGUUUUGCUGGGCCGUGUACAUUGGCGCACCGGACGAGUGCCUAGACACGCUGCACGAAUGCGGCGCCAACUUGCACUACACGCACUGCGGCAACAUCACCGCCAUACAUUUGGCCGCUUUCAUGGGAAACGCCGACGCGCUCAGAUGGCUUAUAAAAAAAAACUGUGACAUAAAUAUAAUUCAGAAUGGAUAUACACCAUUACAUUCAGCAGUAAUGGGCAAUGCAUUAGAAACAACAAAAAUCUUAAUAGACCAGGGAUGUCAAGUAACUGAUACAGUGUUACACUGUGCAGUACAAGCCAAUUCUGUAGAAUGUGUUAAAUAUCUUUUGCAUAUCGGUAUAGAUCCAAACACUUUGGAUACUAAUGGAAAUACACCACUUCAUUGGGCGGCAGAAAAGGGGUACACUGAAUGUUUAAAGCUUAUUUUAGCAAAAAGUAAUAAAACAAUCAAUCUCAAUUCUAAAUCAAAACAGUCAACAGCUUUACACAUGGCAGCUGAAAACGGAUAUACAGAAUGCGUUCAAAUAUUACUUCAUUCAGGGUCUGCUCACAGUGUAAUAAAUGAUAAAAAACAAACUCCUUUACAUUUAGCUGCAAAAGCUCAAUGUGCAGAAUCUGUGGAAAUAUUAUUAGAAUUAGGAGCUGAUGUAAAUGCUUUAGACUUUGACAAAAGAACAGCUUUGCAUUCAGCUGUAUGUAAAGCUUUCUUAUCUUUUCAUGUGGUUGAAGUAUUAGUAAAAUGGGGUGCAAAUGUCAAUAUUCAAGAUAAAUAUGGAUAUGCACCACUCCACAUAGCUGCUUUAAAUGAAUUAUCCCAAUGUGUGGAUUUUUUGAUUAUUAAAGGAGCUGAUAUAAGUUCUAGAACUGUUGGUGGAAUGAGUGCUUUAAGCAUAAUCAAUAGAAAAACACCCACAAGUAUAAAUACAAUUAAAAAAAAACUUGAUCAAGCAAUUUCACUUAACGAUCAAGCUUCUGCCAAAGAAGUUGAACUAAUAAUGGAUUUUCGAUACUUAUUACAAAAUCCAAGUCAGGGAGAAAUUAUCUUACUACAUACUUUGGAAGAGUGUGGUCAAAAAUCUAUGCUUGAACAUCCAUUGUGUAAAGCAUUUUUAUAUUUAAAAUGGCAAAAAAUUCGUCGAUUUUAUUUUGUUCGUUUAAUUUUUGAUGCCAUUUUUGUUUUACUUUUAACUUCUUAUGUAAUGACAGCAUUAGCACAUGAUUGUUAUAAUAAAUCCAAAAACAUAAUAGGUGACCAACAACUAACAGAGAGUCAAGAACUAAAUGAAUCGAAACAUCAAAAUGCCUGUAAUUUGAAGGUCAAUAUGUUCAAUAUACAACACAUAUCUCACAGAAUUAUAGAAUUUGUCUGGUAUAUAUUGUUAGUAUUUACAAUUAUUAUAAUAAUUAGAAAAUUAAUUGGUAUAACAGGAUUUACAUCAGUUAAACAAUAUUUUUUAAGCAUCACUAACAUUGUUGAAUGGUUUGUGGUUGCAAGUGUUUUUCUAACAUCUUUUUUAUAUGGAAAUAAAACAUAUGAUUGGCAAAAUCCUAUUGGAGCAUUUUCUGUCUUGUUUGGUUGGUCAAAUUUAAUGGUAAUGAUUGGUCAGUUACCUAUAUUUGGAACAUACAUUGCAAUGUUUACUAAAGUCCAAAAGGAAUUUGCUAAAUUGUUGCUAGCCUACUCAUGCUUGCUUAUAGGAUUUACAAUAAGUUUUUGUACAUUAUUUCCUGCAUCAAAUGAUUUUAAUAACCCGUUAAUAGGUAUAGUAAAGGUAUUAGUGAUGAUGACAGGAGAGCUUGAUAUAGAUUUGUUAUUGAAAUCUGAAGAAUCUCCAGUAAUUUUUGAUGUUAGUGCUUAUAUAACAUUUAUACUAUUCAUUGUAUUUGUAACUGUUGUAUUAAUGAAUUUACUAGUGGGAAUAGCAGUUCAUGAUAUUCAAGGUUUACACAAGACUGCUGAUCUUUCUAAACUUGUGAGACAAACUCAGCUUAUUCAUUCUCAAGAACAAGCAUUAUUUCAAGGUUGCUUGCCAAGACGUGUUAUAAAUUUUUUUAAUUGGAGCGCAAGAGUUACACCAUCAGCAUAUAGAGUUGUACUUUAUGUAAAACCAUUAAAUCCUACAGAAAAAAGAUUACCAAGAGACAUAAUGGAAGAUGCGUUAAAUAUAGCAAGACAAAAACGAUUAAAUACGGUUGACUAUAAACAAGCUGUAUUAGAAAAUAAAAUGGAAAAUAAAGCUCUUGUUGAAGAAAUUAAACAACUAAAAGAAAUUGUGCAUCAUCAACAAGAUCUUUUAAUACAGCUUAUCAACAAAGCUUCAUAAAUACUCUCAAAUAUUAGGUACUUUUAUUAUUUAAUUAUUGUCUGUUGUAUUUAAAUAACAUAUUGAUU